AAUGGAAAGCAAUAACUGACCAAAUUAACAGAGCUGUGGAGGUCUAUAAGCCAUGUGUAAAGGAGAAUUGCAGCUGCCACCAAAGCGUCUGGAAGCAGGACCUGGCUCCUUUUCAAGGUGGCAUUUCCAAGGAGAUGAUUUCAGAUGUGGUGAGCCGGAAGCUUGGAACACACUACCAAAUCAUUAAGAACAAGUUAUAUCGUGAGCAUGACUGCAUGUUCCCUGCUAGAUGCAGUGGAGUGGAGCAUUUCCUUCUGGGGAUCAUCAACCGACUCCCAGACAUGGAGAUGGUGAUCAAUGUGCGAGACUACCCCCAGGUCCCCAAGUGGAUGAAGCCUCUUAUCCCAGUCUUCUCUUUCAGUAAGACACCWGAAUACAGUGAUAUAAUGUAUCCUGCGUGGACAUUUUGGGAAGGAGGACCAGCUGUUUGGCCAAUUUACCCAACAGGUUUAGGGCGCUGGGAUCUCAUGAGAGAGGACCUGAGGAGAUCUGCAGAAAAAUGGCCAUGGAUGAAAAAAAUCUCCAAGGCAUAUUUCCGCGGAUCCAGAACGAGCCCUGAGAGAGAUCCCCUCAUUCUGCUGUCCCGAGAAAACCCAGAACUCGUGGAUGCCGAGUACACUAAAAACCAGGCCUGGAAAUCUGAGAAGGACACCCUAGGGAAACCUCCUGCAAAGGAAAUUCCACUGGUUGAUCACUGCAAAUACAAGUACCUGUUUAAUUUCCGUGGAGUGGCUGCCAGUUUCCGCCUCAAGCACCUCUUCUUGUGUGGCUCGCUCGUCUUCCACGUGGGWGAAGAGUGGCUGGAGUUCUUCUACCCUCAGCUGAAGCCUUGGGUGCACUACGUCCCCGUGAAGCCCGACCUCUCCGAUGCCAGGGAGCUGUUGCAGUUUGUGAAGGAAAAUGAUGCCAUAGCACAAGAGAUUUCAGAGAGGGGACGCCAGUUCAUCACUGAGCACUUGCAGAUGGAGGAUGUCUCUUGCUACUGGGAGCAUCUGCUGACCGAGUACUCCCAAACCCUGACUUACAAAGUGAAAAGGAAGAAAAACUACCAAGAGAUUACUUCUGAGCGGUUGAAAACAGAACUGUAGAGGUGUCUGUGGUUUUCUUAGUGCCUUGGACAGAUCUCUGUGGAAAUCUGAAGACCUGGGUACCUUCCUUCUAGUUUUCCAAGGUUUCUUGUCCUUUACACUAAAAGCACAGAGCGCAGCCAUAGGCUAACUUUAAAAAUCUUCCCAUACAGUGGGACCCACCUACACUGUUGCCCUAAGGACAUUGAGUAGAAUGUUAGAUGCCAGGUAGCUAAUGGAGUAGGUGUGCUGGUGCUUGGAAUAGGGACGUAGGCACUUGGGGUUUUGGGACUCGGGAUAAUCCUAAAUCCCAUCCAGUCGAUGAUGGAGCUUUCUGUUAAUUUUAUUGGAGUUUUUUUAUUAGGUCCUUUGUAAUUGCAGUCACAGUGCCUGAACUGUGAGCCCUGCUCAACAGGGAGAGAUACCUGCCCAUUUUCCAUUUUUGACAGAUCAGCAGCGUUUUCUCACAUGCGUGAUGGCACUGGGCAUACUGUGUGUUCCCUGACAGAAGCAGUGGCUGGGUUUGGGGRUAACCUUUUUAGAUAGCUUAAGAACUUUUUGUUUUCUCCUGAAGUUUACAUCUAGUUUCUAAAGCAAGGUUGUAAUGGGCUGUCAAAAGGACAAGUUCUCCUUGCACACAUGAACCACCUACCUCAGAAGGGAGCAGCCAGCAGCAGCAGUGAUUUUGCUGCAGUGCUGGGUUGGAGUGGUCAGCAGACAGCACUGGGCAACCGACAUAAGGACAGUCCAUCCUCGACACAUUGGCUUCUCUGGGUGCACGCACAGCCGUGCAAAACUGAGCCCCUGCUAAGAAGCGCUCAGCCAGAUGUCUUGGGACCAUUGGGAACCUAGGUAAAGUAUUUGAAGGGAUAGAUGCAGCUCUUCAUUGCUCCCGAUGUUCACAGAGUCUUUGUUCUGCUCCCCCUCCAUAAUCUUUUCUAGUUCUUUUUUUUUUUUUUGAGGCUGGUAGUUCCUCUGCUCGCCCCAGCAUUUGCUUAUCUUUCUCCCAGCCAUUACAUGCCUUUCCUUAUCUCCUUCAGUCUGCUUCAGGAGUCUUCAGUCACACAAUGGCAGCUAUUCCUCACAUUAUUCAUUUUGAGUUCAGUCACAGUCUCAUUUAUUUACCUCUUCACUGAUUUAUUAAUUAAAAUUAACUGAUUUUCACCAACCAGAGGCUGCUCAGCCCAUGGUGAAUGGAGUUUCUGAAACGCUUUGUGGUCUCUGAGUUGAGAGGAGGGGCCUGAUGAGAAGCAGCCUGUUCACUGCCACCCAGAGACGUUCAGUUCCUCCUGCCGAGUGUGUUUGCUCAGGGACCUCAGCUUUUUCUGCUGGAAAAGAGGGACGUGGGGCUGCUGCCACCGAGCCCGGCUGUGCAGGCCCCCUUAGCUGCAAGCCAUGUGCUCUGGGAUCACCGCUCCCACGCACCGCUUGUCUGCCUGGCAGCGCCACGGGGUCCUCAGCCCGUCCUUUGCCUGGGAGCAGUGACCUGGCCGUGGGGCUCCGUUCCUGGCAGUCCUGGUACGUGGCUCCCUGCAGAGCAGCAACUGCUAAGCUAGCCUGAAACAGCAGCGUAAGCGGCGGCGGGGCCCCCUGAGGCCCCUGCAGCGGCCUCGUGCCUUGGGAAGCGGCACAGGAACGAAGGGGAAGAGCCAGCGCCGGCGGCAGCUCCUCAUCCUCUGCAUCGUAGCAGAGGAGAUGCUGCAAAGAACAGUCGUGCUAAAUAAACGUGCGUAUGGAGGCACUCGCACGGAGGCCUUGGCAGCCCUGCCAAGCGCUGGUGCAGCUGCAUGCCAGCUUCAGGACCACUGCUGGGUCAUCCCCGUGUACAGAGAAAACCCAUUAGGGUAUGGAAGUAGUUUGAUGUCUGAGGAAAAGGACUGUGUGAGACUACACAGGGGUUUCUGGUUUUGCAGGUUUAGUCAACGAGGAGAGAGCAAGCUGAGAAAAUGACGCAGCUGUGUAUGUUAUAUAAAAUCACUUUUAACUAAGUGCUUUUGGAAUAAARCCAGAAGUUGUAUACAUCGUUUUUUAGGCUGAAGAAUAAUGAUAUUGUAAUAAAA